AUGGCCGAGGAGAUGGAGGUUGAGGAGACGGAGGACUUCCACGACAUGGAAGUCGAUGACGAAGAGCCAUCCUGUAGUGGAGCAGCUGGCCAAGCCAGGACGGAGCGCUUUGUGGUGAAGAAGUGGGUGGCGCACGCCAUGUGGGGAUGGGACGUAGCGGUGGACAACUGUGCCAUCUGCCGUAACCACAUCAUGAACCUGUGCAUCGAGUGCCAGGCGGACCCGAAUGCAAACCAGGACGAGUGCACUGUGGCUUGGGGCGAGUGCAACCACGCUUUCCACUACCACUGCAUCGCGCGCUGGUUGAAGACGCGCCUUGUCUGCCCGCUGGACAACAAGGAGUGGGUGUACCAGAAGUACGGCCACUAGCGAGGAAUAUGGACAUGGAUCGGGGCAGGGGGUGGUGACAUCUGUGUGCUGGCAUGUGUUGAAUGUAAUUUAAAUUAGAGUUUUAGAGUUGACUUGGGUUCCCACGAA